AUGUCUUGGCAAGGAUACGUAGACACCAACCUCGUCGGCACUGGCAAGAUCAGCCAGGCUGCCAUCAUCGGUCUCAAGGGCGGCGUUUGGGCCACCAGCGCUGAUUUCAAUGUCUCGCCCGAAGAGCAAAAAGCGAUAAUCGCCGGCUUCGACGACCCAUCCAGUCUCCAAGCCGGAGGCGUCCGUGCCAACGGCAAGAAAUUCUUCACGCUCGGCGUCACACCAAAGACCAUCUACGGCAAGCAAGGCGGAGACGGCCUAGUAGCAGUCAAGACAAACCAAGCCGUGCUGGUGUGCGUCUACGUCGCACCCAUCGUGCCCGGCGAGGCUAACAAGGUCGCCGAAGGUUUGGGCGAUUACCUCGUUAGCGUUGGAUACUAA